ACACUGCGACGUCGGACACGUCGUAUGUAAUGGAUGACGACAAUCCCCUAGGAACCAUGCAGAGGCGUCCAUUACGAUCCAACAGAGGGGGCCGGCAGGAGGAGCCAGAUACAGAGGAGAAAAAGGAUUAUUAUCAGUUUGGGGGUCCAAUAGCGGCAUUUCUCACCAGUGUAUGUUUCAUAGGACUGACAUAUAUAGUGGUGGAAAAGAUUCAGUCUGGUAAAUGGCAGAUGCUGAGAUUACCAGAGUUCCCGGGACACCCUGGAGGCUGGCUGGAUCUUAGGGCAGCAGCCAUAUUCCUAGGCUGGCUUGGGGCCCAGUUUGUCCUAUACCUACUCCCAUUUGGUGGACCCAUAGAACUAGGGACACCAACCAAGGACACCGGCCGAAAGCUAGCCUAUAGACUCAAUGGUUUUUUUGUUUUUGUAUUGAAUAUGGCAUGUUUGAUGGUUGCGACCUAUGUGGGUUUCCCAGUUACUGUGCUAACACAAAAGGCGCUACAGAUGCUGACCACCGGGGUCCUAGCCUUCCUUCUACUCAGCAUUGCCCUGUACGUCAAGGCUAUGACUCUGAGGCCCCGGGACCGCAGCCCAUGUGGUCAAACAGAGAGCACCUAUUACAACUGGUUUAUUGGUGCAGAACUCAAUCCAAGGUUUGGAUUCCUCGACCUAAAGUUGGUUCUUUUCCGUAGCAGUAUCAUUGGCUGGAUGAUCUUUAAUUGGGUUAAUGUUGUUGAUGCAUUCGAGACUGGUCAUCUGACUCCAUCCCUUCUACUGGUCAGCAGCCUACAGCUGGUGUAUGUGCUAGAUACUUUCUGGUUUGAAGCUGGAACAUUGGUAUCACGAGACAUUAUUUAUGAGGCAUUGGGGUUCAACCUCCUCACCCUCUUUCUGAUGAUUCCAUUUACAUUCUGUGUCCAGACACGAUACCUCGCUACAACAGGGUUCACCCUCCCCUGGUACUGUCUCAUUGCCAUCAUUUCUUUGAAUGUAACUGGAUACUGGAUUCUAAGGGGGAGUAACUCUGAGAAAAAUAACUUCAGACGAAAUCCAAAGGAUCCUGCCUUUGCAAACUACCAGACUCUGCCUACCCAGGUGAAGGGUAAAAACCUGCUUGUGUCCGGUUGGUGGGGGAUGAGCAGACACCCUAACUACUUUGGAGACAUCAUAAUUAACUUUAGUUUUGCCUUACCAACAGGAUUUGGAUGUUUCUUGCCUUAUCUAAACCCACUGUUUUUGGUGAUGAUGUUGGUGGACCGUGAGCGAAUAGAUGGGGAGGAAUGUCGGCAACGUUACGGAGAGGCGUGGGACAAAUAUUGUGAAAAAGUCAAAUAUAGAAUUAUUCCUUGUGUAUACUGAGAUGUCGGGAUGAGUAAUAUGUGACAAAAUACACACAGAACCAUUCUUUUAUUCAUUACAUGUUAAGUAUUAUAGCAAUCAAAAUAAAAUAAUCAAAACAUUGUUUUAUUACACUCAACCUUGGUAGAUUUAGCUGAUCUAUUGAGUUUGUGGCCUCCCUUGUGUACUGUUAUAAACAGAGUCCAUAUUUCAGGAUAUCAAGAUUUUUUUUUACUAACAGUUGAUACCACUUCUAUCCAGUUAUGAAUAAAAUAUGAAAACUAAUGAAUAUGGUGUGUUUUUUAUUGAAAAGUAUACAUUAUAACAGUAUCUUUUUUUUAUUUUCAAUUUGGAUUCUGGGAGUUAAAUGUUUGAAUCUAGAAGUCGUAUCUUCAUAGAAAAUUGGUCUUUUAGAUGUUUUAAACAACAUGUUAGUUACGUGUAUUUUAAUUAAAGCAUUUAAUUACAGUGACAUUUCCCUAAAAAAUAAAAAUAUCAACCCUAGAAACCUGACAGGUCAGCCAGGGUCCCACCAUAUGUCUGACCAUAUACCCCCACUCCAAUCCAAUGGUACCAGAGGAAGGGGAGGAUAUACGAGGGGGAGUUCCCCCUCAGCUUGAAAAAAAAAUAGAAUUCUACUAGGCCCUAGAAGCAAUCUCUCCUAUUCUGGGAAAUCCUUUUAGUCUGAUUAUUAACAAGUAAAAUGUGACUUUAUAUGAAUAAUAUUAAACUUUGUACUUCACUAACUAGUUUUUUUAUUCAGAAUUAUACAUAAACCUUUGAGAUUUUUCGAUGUUUUAUCAGACUAAAGAUAUUUUUUUAUUCUUUCCUUUUUACGAUUGAUACAGACGGUCCAUAUUAAUCAUUAAAAAUGAAAUUAAUGAAUAUUUAUAUAUGAUUAAAAAAUGUUUUAAAAAAGAUUUAGUGUAUGCUUCAGCAUACAUAUAUGCUUUGCCACUGUUAGUUACACAGGGCAAGAAAAAUAUUUUUAAAUCCACUGGCCCUUGCCCGAAGUAGAAACUUACUGGUCCAAGAUUUAAAACCUUUUUUUUCAGCAAAAGAAUCACUAUAUAUUAAAUAAAGAUUUAAUGCAUCAAGCAGUGUGUGCCAAACUUUUAAAACUAUUACAGGACAUUCGGGCAGGUAAAUAUAUAAAAUAAAAUAACAGGACCGAAAAAAAAAAUGGAAGUUUAUUUUGAACAAGUAAAUUAAAUGUGUUGUCAUAAGGUACAUAAUUCAUCCAUCCUGCCUCUCGGACAACAAUCUUUUCUUUUCAGUUUUCAUGAAAUAUUUUUAGUUUUCCCCUCUCAGUAACUAUAAAUAUUAAAAUAGGGAUUA